AUGGAAGAAGUCACACAUCCCCCGAGCGGAUGCACUGUGCGAAGGAAAACGGGACCAGAAUUCAGGUCCUGGGACCUGACGUCCCUGGACCCCAGUUCUGGUUCCCCGACACCUUGUCCAGCAGGUGCCCAUUCCAAUAUAACUCUGGGCAGUCGCAAAAUACCCGGGCCCUGUGAUUUUCUCCUCCUGCAAGCAGUAUUUCUCGCAUUACCCGGCGGGGACGGGUUCUCAAGAAGCAAAUUGAAGAACAAGUCCAGCUAUGUGACUGCUGUCAGUGCUGUGCAAGGUACCGGGUCAUCCGCCAGUCGGUCAAUUGACGGUCGCAAACCCGCCGGUCGUCAAGCGCCGGUCGGUCCAACCGCCAGCCAGGGCAGUUCUUGGCCUCGCGAAUCCCCAGUCCACCAAACCGCGACAGCAAUGGACGAGAUCCCAGUGAUCUUGUCGAGUCCAGCUGACGACAACCGACGACAGUCUGAACUCGACUGUCUCCGAUUGCCCGACACCAACAACCGCGCCAAGUCCAUCGAGUUUCUCUGUCGCGACGGCGAAGAACUCCUCAAGUUAGUGGAUCCCUUCGCGGAGAUGGGACCAGCCAAUGGAACCCGAGCGGAAGUUGGGUCAGAAAUAGAACUCAUCAUCAAUAGACUCCAAUGGCCCGAAGCCGAGUGGAAUUUAAUGCAGUGCAUUCAUUCCGCGCUAGAAGGUCGGAAUGACAUUGAUUCUCUAAUUCAGACUCGAAGCGAAAUUUUCUCCAUAGUAGGAGAAAAUGUUAAUGUACUGCCUCAGGAUGCCAAAGUUCUCCAAAGAGCUUUUCAAAGGAUUCGAGGAUGCUGA